AUGAACCACGCCCGCAGAGCUCUGCACCGCGUGGGCCCGCCUACCUGGCGCCUCGCUCAUCGUCCAGAGCCGUUCGUGACUCGAUUAGGCCCCGCGUGGUUUUCCGCGAAAGCAAAGGAGGUCGCAGAGGCCAAGGCCAAACAUUUAGACCAAAGAGUCUUGAACGAGCAGGAACAAGAAGUGCGUACCCGGCAAGGCCAGGUAAAACGGCCGUGGCACCGACAGGGCGCCGACGACCCGCCUGUGACUGACAAUGAGUCUGCCGAACCGGUUACAGAAGGGAAACUCCUGACGACGCCGACGCGUCUCCUGAAGCUGAUCCUCCCGCUCCCGAUUACCCUCGAAAAAGACCGUGACAACAACCCGAAACGCGACUACGGACGCUCCAUAUCGCUCAACGACAACAUCCAGCCGCUCGCGCUUCUCAUACACCCGCAGCAGCCGCUCUCGUACGUAGAGCGGCUCAUCCAGGCCGAGAUCCCACCGGUAGUAGAGGAUGGCAGGGAAAAGGUUCCGAGCGUGUACUUCCGAGCCGAGGACACGGAACAAGGGGAGAACAAGCCGACGACGCGGGCCGAAGCUAGGAAGCGUGAUGAGGCCUCGUCGCGGAGCCAUGUCGAGUCGUACUCGGGUCUUGGUCACGAGGGACCCGAACGGCACGGAUCGGAAAAGAACUGGGUGCGCUGGAGCAACAGCACCGAGAUGGGCGACUUCAUCCGCGACGCGGCGCGCGGGCGCGAGUUUGCCGUAGAGAUCGAAGGGUACCACGUCGAGAUGCGAGUCAGCGUACCGUCCUUCAGGGACCGCACGCACUACAUGCGCGCACAGCUUCGCAAGUUGAGUCGGCAGAUCGACCGGCUAUCGCACAUCAAGCGGGAGUGCGACUUGCUCGCUCACAGGGGGGCGAAUCUCCUGGCUAAGGGGGGAUUUGCACUGCUGAGCGGAUGGUGGGGGGUCGUGUACUACGUUACGUUUCACACCGAGUUUGGCUGGGACCUCGUCGAGCCCGUCACGUACCUAGCGGGCCUGUCCACCAUCAUGGGCGGCUACCUCUGGUUUCUUUACAUCAGCAAGGACUUGAGUUACAAGGCGGCCAUGAACGUGACGGUUUCGCGACGGCAAAACGCGCUGUACGAGGCGCGCGGGUUCGACCAACAGAAGUGGGAGCAGCUGGCGCAGGAGGCCAAUGCGCUCCGGCAUGAGAUCAAGGCUGCGGCGGUCGAGUACGACGUUGAAUGGGAUGAGGCCAAGGAGGUUGGCGAUGAUGUCAAGGAGGUCCUGAGUGAGGAACGCACUCGGUAUCGGCUCCAACCAUCGCCCAUGGGACCUCAAGUUCUCUAUCUUCCCGACGGGCAGCGGUUCACCGUGACGCCCGUAUUUGCCGGCCUCUUUUUCCAAUCCAACGACCUAAGCUCGCACAACAGCGCGUUCCCGAUCGGGUGGACGAUCGUAAUUCACACCGACGACGACAAGGACGGCAGCGAUGACGAUGCUCCCAUCACCGGCCCGGGCCACCCCUCACCAGCCAGGCGCCCACAAGUCCACUCCUUCAAGGGGCCAACACUGCAGAGCGACAGCAUCUUCGUGUCGUCCGUCUCGAACCCGUCUAUUGCCGACUUCAAGCCCCCCGCGAGCCCUACCCGCCAGACAGCUAUGAUGCUCUGGGUCACGCUGUAUUGGUACUUUCACCAACAGCCGCCCCCACCCUCGAUUGUAUCCACAGAGGCGUCAAAGCCGACGCCGGCACCUGGGAGGCCGCAGGGCGAGUGGCGGGUCCGAAUCAGGCGCGACGGCAUGCUACGCGGGCCCAACCUGAUCCCCAAGCUGGAGCGCAUGGGCCUGAUCGCGAGUCUCGACUCGGCUGUGGGGACCGCGCUCGGAGAUUCUGGCGAAACCUGGGCCGACAUGUUUGUCACCCGCCGCAUGUUCUGGCAGUUGCCCGGCCGGCUGUUCCUUUUCACGCUCCAGCCCGUCAGCAAGACUCCGCGCUCCCCGUAUUCUAGCCGGCCCGGGUCGCCCGCGUCCUCCGAGGAGCAGCACCGUCACCAAGCCAUCGCCAUCCACCCUCAUCGCGCAGUCGCCGAAGCUGGUGAUCUCCCUGGCGCGGCCCCGCCUACCUCGCUCGCGGGGCCUCCGGCUUUCCCGAUCAGCCCCUUCUUUAGCGCAUCACACUUGCCAACUUAUUACCCACCACCCCCACUGCAGUACAUCAUGACUGGACAUGUCCGGCACCCGCUCCGCCCCAAGCCACCACGUAUGGGCGAGGUCUUCUACACCCGCUUCAUUCCGUCGGUCGGCCAAUACCUUUCCUUCCGUGUCGCUUCCAUCGCGGAGCAGCCCGUGCCGUACAUGGGACCUAUCGGGCCCAAACCUCCGCAACAACAGUCGUUACGAUCCCAGACUGACGCUGCGCUACUCGAGUCGUGGCACGCCAACCCGCGUGUCUCCCAUUUCUGGGGCCAGUACAGCCAGAACUUGCUGCCGAAUGCGCUCCAGAGCCGCCACAGCUUCCCGGUCAUCGGCCUCUGGGACGGUGUGCCGUUCGGGUACUUCGAGAUCUACUGGGUCAAGGAGGAUCUCCUGGGGCGGUACGUCGGGUCCGCGGUCGAGGACUGGGACCGCGGGUGCCAUGUACUCAUCGGUGAGGAGUGGGCACGAGGCCGAGUCGCGAGCUGGCUGUCCAGCCUGGUGCAUUGGAUCUGGUGUUCUGACUACCGCACCGCCAACAUUUGGCUGGAACCGAGGAUUGAUAAUGAGAGAUCAAUAUUCGUCGUCGUCGUCGUCGUCGUCGCCGUCCAGAACGUGAUCAUCCCCAUCCCCCUCCUCCACCUCAUUACCCUCCUCGUCAUCCUGAAAGUCGGCAUAAUCUCGCGCAUCGUAGUCAUCCCCGCCUGGCUCCUCCAACUCUGA